CGCUCAAACCCUCAAAAAACAGCCUUCCAAAAAACGAGGGAAUUUUGAAUUUUGGCCCACCGACUCUAUCCCCUCUUUGGCAUGCCUCUGCUCUCUCUCCCCCCUUGCCUACUCCAUUCUCUCUCCCUCUAACUCUUAUGCCUUGCCCUGCAUCAUACUCUCUCUCUCCUAAGAAACGCAGGAAGAAAUGCUGGCAACAAUCCCAUACUCUCUCUCUUGUGUCACUAUUCUCUCACGCCUUGCCCUCCCUCUCUCUCAAGACCUCUAUUGGGGAUGUACCGGUAAUGAUGGAAGGCACCUGUUUUUUUGGUUGAAGAUUGAAUGGAGGAUUGCUUCUUUGAGAGUCCAUUAUUUCAUUCAAGUUCAAAGCUUCUCUCAAAAUCUGAAUUUUGAAGAUGGAGGUCUCCUGCAGUUGUUGGUUUUCUUAAUUUUCACAAGAUAAGGAGGUGUGAGUAGAAGAUCUGAUGCUAAAAUGAGAGAUGGUCAUGAUAGGUACAAGGGGCUGUUUCUUAUCAGGUACAUGGGACUAUAUCAUUUCCAAGUCAAUGUGCAUAUGUGGUGCUGCGAAUGUCAUGGCAGAUGAUCUACUCCCUAAUAAGACUCUUACGGAUACCAUCAAUCGCUUUCUGGAGUCGAACACGAGCAGUGCAGAAAAUGGUGGAAGCUGGGUACCAGUUCAAGGUUGUGGAUUGGCCAAACAAAAGAUGGAGUGCAUCAGCGAUAUAUAUAAAGGAUCAUUGCAACAAGCUAACAGGCAAAUUGGCUUGCAUUAAGGAAAAUUGGUGCCUACUUAGCAAGUGUGUCGACGCUCAUUUUUGUCAAAAAUCAGGAAUUUGCAUUUCAUGGGUUGUUUCCCUUUUUCUAUAAAUGAGAUUUCAAUCUUAAUAAAUGCUUUUCAUUACAUUCGAAGUCACACAUUUAUGCCUUAGAUCAGUGAUUUUGGAGUUCAAAAAGUAAUGCAGAUUUGAUGAUUUAUGAAGAGU